AUGGAAGAUAACCAACACAUUAGAUUAGAUCUAGACGAACUGAAGCACAGCCUACUGCAAGAGCUGGAAAACGUCAAAACAGGAUAUUCGAUAGACAGAGUCCUAGCAGCCCUCUCCUCCCGCGUAAAAACCUCCCUCAAAGAUAUCCCAGAGGAAAAGCGUACUAAAAUCAACGAGUUAGUAUACACAUUCCUGGAGAAUUCUCUCAAAAAAACAUUCGGGAUAAUAGCUAAAACACACGGCGUACUAACUCCUGGCGUAGUUGAAAUCCUCACGAAAGAAUCCACAGCAGAAUCCCCCUGCCCACUCACACAAGAACUCUCCAUCCUACACAAAGAAAUAGAGAGUUUCAUUCUAGAGCAGGAACUGGAGUGCGAAGGCUAUGUCUAUAGAGUUAUCUCUAAGAAGAGAGAAAUGCUUUCUCACCUACAGAGACUCCACAGCACCAUCAUCUCCUACUGCACGGAAGUCCUCCAGAAUAAAACAAUAAAAAAAUUCGACAACUCCGGGCUCGAACUCGCCCUCUCCAAAGAAGCAGCCAAAGUAGAAGAAGCCAAGCAGGCUCUAGAGAGUCUUUCAGCUGAAAAGGAGGAAAACGGCCUCUCUCUGUACAACGUCAUGAUGAAAAAAGAAGAAAUGCGCAGGGUAUAUCUUGUUUUGUAUUGGGACAUAUACGCUUUAAAAAGAGUAGAUGAUAAGUUCAAAAUGUAUGCCUAUAAUAGCACGCACAUUUCUAACGUAUACUUCUACAUGAAAAAAAUAGCGGAAGAAAAGAAGGGAAAGCAUAUAUCCCCAGAGGAAGUGGAUUUUUUAGACUCUGGCUGGGCACAUAGCGACAAGAUGUGCUCUAUUGAGGAAGCACGGGAGAAGAUAAAAUCUGCUGAGAAAGAGUGUUUUAGUGAGGGAAAGCGCAUGUUUGAGCGUGCAGAGAAGAUGUGGAAUGGAGCUGAUAAGGUGAUAAAGAAUGUGCGCGAGUAUCUCGAGAGUAUAUUCGCCCAGGGCCCAGUGUAUGAGCUUAUGAAGAUAGUUGAGAUCGCUGAAGAGAAGGUGAAAAAUUUGCAAGAACCUGAAAAAACGGAAAUGAAAAAAUUCAGGGAUGAGCUGGAGGAGUUUAUCUCCCAGGCAAAAUUGCUUCAGGGCUCUCCCAUAGAGGUUUUAGGCGAAGUUUCCAAAAGUCUGAGCGCGGAUUCUUUACUGGAGACGCUGUCUAGUCCGUCUAUACGAAAAAAGCUAGCACAUUUUAACAAAUCUUUUGAGAAAAUUCAGGUUAAGUUUCCAAAUUCAGAUGCGUACUUUAGCUACAGAAAAGCUGUGCAGAACCUGACAGGCUUUUUAAACAGAAGCAGGCGUGGGUACAAAGAGCACUUAAUGAAGGCAGAGAAAUCUCUUGCAUUGUUGCAGGAAGUUGGUAGGGGCGAGACCACGGAUGCCCGGUAUAUCAGGGUUUCUGAGUAUGAAAAAUUUGCAGAGGAAAAUCCAGCACCUGAUUUUUCAGGUUCUAUCGAAGACAUAUCGUCUGAGACUCUGGAAAGUGGAGUCACUCCGCGUGAGAUAGAAGCUAUGCUUUCAUCCCUGAGAGCAGUCCAGAAAGCAUGCAUAAAAGAGCUAGGCGAUAAAGGCAGAACAGAGAUUGAGAAAAUAGGGCUGAAGAAAAGUCUAUCGGAAAUUAAAGAAGAGAUACAGGUUCUUGAACAGAAACUUCUUCCACUUGCAAACUUAAGCGAGGAACAGGCCAAAAAGGGGGAGUGUAUUCGAUACGCGUAUCUGACAAAGUACAAAAGCGAGACUCUUAAGCAGAUGGCCGUGCUUGAGGAGAGUCUUGAGACUGAAAUUGUCCCACUGGCUUCGGAGAUUGUGAAGAAAAUUGAGAAAAUCCCGAACAACCCAGAAUUUAAUAAAAAAGUGAAAGAAAUGCUUGAGAAAACAGCGGAGAAGGAGCCAAAUUCUGUUUUGAAUACGAAAUCCAUCCUGGAAAGUGAACACUUGUGGGCGAAGCUGCCACGUGUGAUAGUUCAGCUCGAUAAGAAGAUAGCUGAAACUUUGGGGGGAAGUUCGAGUGAGAGAACUCGUAGAAAACUCCAUUAUUCUCUUACGCUUCAAAAUUCGAUCUUUGCGCUUUUCUUCGUCUUUAUGCUCCUGUCUCUGGGGCUGGUGUGCAGUUCAGAAUUUGCAUAG